GGCAGACAGCUCCAGCAAUAAGACGCUGCUGUUCUGUGGCACCUUGAAGGUGCAGGGAUACAACAGUGGUUCCACACUGUCCAGGGCUUGGUCGGGGGGCCUCUGGUUGGUGCAGCUGGAGGUGGCAAAGGUUCAGGCAAUGCUGAACCUGGGGCUUUCCAGCAGCAUGAGACCCACUCCAUCCAGCUCCGUGUGAGUUCCUGGCUAUGUGGAAUGGCCUCUCCCUGCAAAAUGCUAAUCUCACCCUCAGUCACAGCCAUGGGCUGUCUCAGAAGCUGCCUCUCCCCUCCAGAUGUGCAGGGUGGGUAUGGGCUGCUGUCCCAAGCAGGGUGAGGGUGCUCUCACACCCUCUGUUCCUCUCCCUUGUAAGUAGCCUGGGGCAACCUUCCAUGUGCUCACCUCUGGGAGUGGCUGCUGAAGUGGCUCAGCGUGUGCCAUCUGUUACUCAGCCCUGCUUUAUUUUUAGCGAUGUCUUGAAAACAAUCAUCUUUUCCGGCCGGAAGCCAGAGGCAGUUUCCUGAGGCCUGGGUAGAGGCAGGAGGGUUUUUGUCAGGGCUGUUACCUGGACUGCUCGGAAACUUUGCAUGGUGGUAGGGACCAUAAUCUGAUGACCACCCCCCAACUCUGCUGGGGUAGGUGUUUGAGAUGCCCAUCACUGCAUCCCGGUCUGCCCUGCAGCAGCACUGCUUGGAAGGAGGCGAGUCCCCCAUUCCUCUGAGGAGCUGGACUUGGGGCAGUGGUUUAUCGGAAAUGCUGAGGUUUGGUUUCUGUGUUGCCUUGCUGAAAAGCCGUGAGCCUCUGGAUGAGUCAGAGUAGGCAGAAGCCCAGCAGCACUGGCAGUGGGCAGACAGAGCCACGAUAAGGCUGUGAGAGCCCUGCUCGCAUGCCAGACCUGCCCAGUGCCUGACCUCCAGCUACACUGCUGUCCCAGAAGUGGGGAAUUGUUUUGGGAAAUGUGGUUCUGGGAAACCGCUGUGUCACUAGAGUGUGAACUAGAGUACAUGAUGGGUGGUGUUUUCAAAAUGCCCAUUCCGUGCCCAAAUGCCUGGGGUUUGCCCCAUAGCAGGCAGGAAGCAUGGCCAGGGGUAGUUUCAGCCUCCACACUCACUUUCCAGUUGUAGGGAUCCACAUCCAGCAUGUGCUAUGGCAGAUGGGCCUCCCAUGUGAUGUGACAUCAUGGUGGCCGUGGCCUCCAGCUGAGGUCCCACUCCCUACCACGUUCCCACGAUCCCUGUCUCCUUCCUUUGAGACUGUCUGGGAACUCUGCUCUCCAUCCCUGCAGUUUGCUGUUUGUCCUGCUCUGGUCCCCUCUCUGAGCAGGGCAGCUGUCCCUUCCACUGCCCUGCACGCUCCCAGCCCUCCCAGCAUGACACACUUCCUCCCCCUUCUCCGGCAGCAGCCCCACGCUGUUCCCAUCCUGAGCAGCUCCUCGGUGCCACUGGAGCCUGAGCAGAGGCUGCUGCAACCGGCGGAGGGGUGGGACGGAUGAGAGGCAGGCAGGGAAGUUCCAGCUGCCCCGUGCUUAGCAAGGGCUGCAGUGGCUCUCCAGGAAGCCCCAAGGGGCCACGUAAGGCUGAGUGUCCUUAGCUGCUUCCUCCCGAAUAUCCGUUCCCGGUAGCUGCUGGACUGGGACUGCCCGGAGGAGGUGGGCAAGGUGGGGAGACCUGGGCUGGGUGAUGGGACCACAGUUCUCCCUUCCUGGCAGUGCUGCUUGUGGUGGCCAUAGGACAGAGCCCUCAGUGGGUGCUCAUGGGUUGGUGCCCCCUUGGCACCUGUGGCUGUGGGGGGAAUGAGAGCUGUGACCUGGGCAGGGUCAGUGUGCCAGGGGUCUGCCUGCACUGAUGGCCCUGGGCUGGGGCACAGCCAGAGGUCCUGGCACUUACAGGAGCCAUAGACAGGGAAACAAGAGCUGUGCCUGUGCCAAGGAAGUGCCGUGGAGCAGCCCUGGUGUGAACUCGUGCCAGGGAAGGACAGGGUUGUGCCUAGGGGUCUGGCUUUGCUUGUCUGCCCCCAUGGGUCAGUGACUGUGUCCCACUGGGGACUAGGGGUGCUCCGAGGGACAAGCCACUGCCUGGGCACUGGCUGACAUGAGCAGCAUGUUCACAGGGCCCUCUGCUUGUCUGCUUACAAGAGCACUGGGGUUCAGGAGGGGGAAACCCAAAACUCAUCCUUGAAAUGCUUGCUCUGCUGAGGAAACAGGAGUUGGAAGCAGCUCUGCUCCAGCGCUUUCCCUAACCCCGCCACUGCCCCUGUGCUGAUUCAUUGAUUUGGACGGGUUAUAUACUGGGAGGGGAAGAAUGAACCACACUCUGCUCUCUUGCCAGCACGGAGCUGUGCUCACUCGGUGCUCGUGGCUGCAGGACACUCGGGCCCAAUGGAGCAGGGAGGCUGGCAGCCGUGGCUGCUGCUGCUGGUGGGCAUCCAGCUGGCCAGUAGCCAGUGCCCAGAGCAGUGCCAGUGUGUCCGCAGUGCCCAGGUGGAGUGCUUUGGUGCCGAUAUCACCAUGGUGCCUAGCCCCAUCCCUGCCAACGCCAUGACCCUGCAGAUCAUCAACACGCGCAUCGCCGAGCUGGGCGACGCCGCCUUCGGCAACGCCUCCCUGCUGAUCGGGCUGCGCGUCGAGAAGAACAUCCUGUCCCGCAUCAGCCCGGGGGCCUUCCAGAACCUGCCCGACCUGCGCUACCUCAGCCUGGCCAGCAACAAGCUGCAGGAGCUCCCUGUGCAGGUCUUUGAGCCUCUGGACAAGCUGGAGUCUCUGCUCCUCUCCAGCAACCAGAUCCUCCAGGUCGAGCCUUCCCACUUCGCCCAUCUGAGCAACCUCAAGGAGCUGCAGCUGCACGGGAACAACCUGAAGGAGCUGCAGGAGGGGGUGUUUGACCAGCUGACCAGCCUCACCAAGCUCAACCUGGCCAGGAACAACAUCGACCGCCUGCCGCCCCGGGCCUUCGAGCGGCUGGCACGGCUGCAGGUACUGAGGCUCUACGAGAACCGGCUCAGGCACAUCCCGGUGGGCACCUUUGAUGGGCUGCCAGAGCUGCAGGAGCUGGGGCUGCACCAGAACCAGCUGGAGACGCUGUCCCCGGAGCUCUUUGUGCACAACACCAACCUGCAGAAGCUCUACCUGUCCAACAACUUCCUCACCACUCUGCCGAGCGGCGUCUUCCUGCCCCUGCAUGCUCUCGCCAAGAUCACCCUGCACGUCAACCGCCUGCGGGACAUCUCCCCCAGUGCCUUUGGGCCCAUGCCCAACCUACAGGAGCUCUGGCUUUAUGAGAAUGAGCUCUCCACCCUCCCCACUGCCGUCUUCAGCAACCUCACCCAGCUGCAGCUCCUGGUUCUCAGCAAGAACCGGCUGCGGUCGGUGGCACCGGGGACAUUCCAGGGCUUGGGGGAGCUGCUGGAGCUGUCGCUGCACUCCAAUGCCCUGCGCCGCCUGGAUGCCCGGGCACUGGAGGGGAUGCCCAAGCUGCAGAACAUCUCUCUGCACCAUAACCAGCUGCAGGCACUGCCACGGGGCCUCUUCAAGGCCACCCCUGGGCUGCGGCACCUGCAGCUGCACUCCAAUGCCCUGGAGUUCCUGCCCGCUGGUGUCUUCUCCCCGCUGACUGCCCUGCGAGAGGUGAGGCUGCACAACAACUCCUGGCGCUGCGACAAGGGCAUCCUGCCCCUGCAGGGCUGGCUGGAGGAGAACCCUCACAAGGUGGGUGAGAUCCCCCCGCUGUGUGCCCAGCCUCCCGCCCUGCAGGGCAUCCCCAUUGCCGGGCUGACACAGGAUCAGCUCCUCGACCCCCAGGCCCCCACUGCUGCUCCUCAUCCCAGCACCCUGCUCCCUGCUGACACCUCUGAGGCAGCAUCAGAUGAUGCCUCAGCAGCAGAAGAUGCCUCAAUGGAACCCCCCACAGGGCUGCCAGCCUCCCCACAGGAGGAUGAGGAGGAGAAGAAGGAGGAAGAAGAGAGGGGGCAGUGGGGGCUGACACGCCUACAGAGUGGCGUGGUGGUAGCAGUCAUCGUGCUGGUGUGUGUGGCCCUGCUGGCUGCUCUGGUGGCACUGGUGGUCUAUGGAUGUAGGAAGAAGAGCCAUGUUGUGCUCAUGAGGAUGAAGGCUCCGAAUGAAGCCUGAGUAUCUGGCAGACCCUGAGGGCAGAGCUGCUUGUGGGGUCAAAGGACAUGACAGUGGCUCUGCAUCAGCUGCCCUUGCUGACUGGGAUGGGACAACAUCACCGUGUGUGCUGUGUGUACCACUGUCCUGCUCUGCUUUGCCCUGCCCCUGCUCUGCAGCAGGGCCUUCCCACCAAGUGACCUCCCAUGGCUGCCCACUAUCCCCAGCCCUUCCUGCCUCCAGUGCAGCCUCUGUGCUCAUUCCCUGCCCCGGGUCCAGCAGCUGAGGUGUGGGAUGCAGAGAGGGACCCCUCGAGCCAGGAGCCACAGCCUGGCCAUGAUGGUGCUUUACCCCAAAUAACAGGAUUUCUCCAUCCUUCACCUCGCCUCAUUCCUUGCAGUGCUGCUGCCCUCACGCUGCCUGCUGCCCUCACCCCUGCCCAGCCCCUCUUCCCCACCUUCUGGCCCCUCCAUGCCUCCCCCUUGGCCCUGCCUGGGCAGGCAGUGUGAGCCAUCGUGCUGGGCCAGGAGCCGGGCGAGCACCUUCGCCCCGGGGGAGCUGCACGGCCCCUGCUGCUCCGUCACUCACUGUGCCUGGGCAGGGCUGCCCGUGGGGCUGCGUUGCUGCCAGGCUGGCACACCCUGAGUGUCUCAGCUGCGUCCCAGUUGCCCUCCCUGCCUGCUGGCAGGGCAGGCCAAUGCACAGCCAGCACCCUCUCCUGCUCCCAGCAUCUGCCUGCUUCCCUCGUGCACCUCCAGCCAGGACAGCCAGGGGACAGUGUGCUGGCAUCAGGGAUGGGCAGGAGCAGCGCCCCAGCCCUCACUGCUGACCCUGCUGUGGCUGUGGCCCUGCCUGCAGCGCCCUGCCUCAGCCCCACAGGGUGCUUGCACUGUGAGGGCAGAGGAGUGGCACAAUGGGUGUGAAGGUUCUGCAGGGGCUGGGAGAAGCUCUUGUGCUUGUGCUCCUGGACUGCUGGAGCAUGUUGGGGCUGCCUCUGCUGCACCCCAUUCCUGGUCCUCAUUUCCUUAACACCCUCCACAAGCUAGUGAGCAACCUGGUCCUGCUCUGCUUGACAAAGCUUCUUCAUCCUCUUCUUACACCCUUGAGUGCCCUCCUGUGUGUGCCCAGUGCCCCUGCUGGGUGGCAGCCCUUGGCCAGGGGGAUGCUGGCAGCACAGAGUGCUGGCUGCUCUGCAGUUUGCAAAUGGGUGCCACACCAUCCCCCCUGCAUCCAGCUGCCUUCUCCAGCUGUAGCAUGCCCAUGGGGAGAUUGAGCUCCCCUCCAUGCGUGCUGCAGUGGCACCAGCCUGCCUGAGGACUGCUGCUGUGGGACAAGGUGCGUGUUUGGUGUCCACACACCUCAGCAGCCAGUGCUGGUGCAAACAGCUCCACCAUGCAAGCUGGUGCAUGUGAUGGGUCACCCCUCUGGGCAGAGUCCUGCAUGGCAGCAGGAGACUCAUGACUGUGUCACGGGGCUGUUGGGUGCUGAUGUGUGACCUUCUCAUUAAAGUGCCACUGUCCACUC